CGAUCACUUGGUCUAGACUCUGAACCCAAAUUUUCUAUCAUGUCCGAGUCCUUACUACAUGCCUUCAAAGGUGCUGAUUUAUACUUUGCCGAGUCAAAACACAUCAGUGUCGAGGCUGCAGAAGAGGAUCAGACCGAGGAGGAGGAAUCUCUCCUCAACAGCUUUGAUGUUGAUGACUGUGAAGCUGCUGGCACCCUUCGCUUCAGUACUACAAACACUGCUGGUGGCGAGGACAACGUGAAAAAGAAGAAGCCUAAACACAGCAACAACCAGUUAGCAUCUAGUUUGCAGGCAGCAUCAGAGGGAGUGGUUAUUGGUACAACACUCUCCGACUACCAGAGAUACUGGAAUCAGUUUAAAGAAUUUUGUGUUACCAUCGACAAAGCACAAGUUGCGAGCAAGAUUGACAAUCUUUUUCCAAACCUUCCGGCUGAAUUUCCAACAUGGAUCGCGCUAUGGAUCAUGGAUAAAUGCGACGAAAACGAUAUAUGGACCGGGAAAGCAAAGGAUCCCAGUGUUCCAUGUGCAACAUAUGGCACGGCACAGAAGAUGCGUGCCACCAUAAGCCACAAAUUCGGCAGAGACUACCAGCUCGGAACACAGCCAUGGCUGGAGCACCCAGCUAUGCCAGGCAGAUUCAUCGGAAACCCCUCACUUUCGGUGACGAUUUCACAGUAUAUGGUCAGUCUUCGUCGGCGAAAGAUCCGAGCAGGCGAAGCAGUAAUGAGUGCUCGCGCGAUGGAUGAACCUACCAUGAAGAGGCUCUGGGAAUUUGCAUGGUCCAGGGACCGAAAAGAAUUUGGCCCGAUCUCACGCAAACGAAAGGCAGAAAAUCCUUCUGAAUGGGCUGGAUUUUUGCUCCGCGAGAUGCUUUAUUUACUCUACCUUCUCUCCAUGCUUUGCCUGCUCCGCUACGACGAAGCAUUGUGGAUCACCUGGGCCGAUGUCACGUUCCAGGUUCAGGACUUGCUGAUAAAAAACCACUGGCUCGAUGCGACUCCCGAGCUUUUCACGUCACAGGUCAGCUACCAACCCGCACAGUUUCGAGUGAAGCUAGAAUUACCAUUUCGAAAGACACAUCAGUAUGGAGGCAUAGCCCCAUUUUACAUCUACGCUGAUCCUGACCGGCCGUGGAUGUGCUUGCUGCGAGCAUUCGCUAUCUGGUGGCUGUUAGCUCACGAGAGACACAGAGAACUCAACGGGUUCAUCUUUCGCAAAAAGAUUGGUGUGGACAGCAUUAGUGUGAGCCCGACGGACUGCAUGACCUCGGACUCCUUCCUCGAAUGCUUCCGGAACAAUCUCCUCGACAUAAGUGUUGAUCCGUGUCCAUACGGUACCCACUCGUUUCAGUCGCAGGCGGGUGUCAAUUUCUGCACACAGGUGCGAGGCUGGUCGUUUCGGAAGAUCUGCGACUGGGGUGGGUGGGCUGAGAAUUUUGACAAUCCCUGGUACCAUAUUCAAGUACCUCUUGUCUUGGAACGACAAUCCAGCAGAGGCUCGCGAACAUUACAUGAACCCAAACAGGCCAGGCUGUGACCCU